CGCGCAGAUGCUCCCGUCAUUACGGUGCAGGCAGGCUGCAUGCGGCGCUGCUGGGUCCGACAGACGCGGAGUUGGACUGAAAGACGCCGCAGCAGCGAACAGGAACAUCUUGGACGUGGCUUUCUUGGCUUUUGGAUUUCUUCUGAGGAGCUUGACAAGAACCUUGUGAUAUUUGAGUACAAAAAAGCAUCCAACCAAAGUCUUUGGCCGUCUGAGGAGUCAAGACAGCGUUUCCUUGUUCAACCUCUCUGGCUGCUAGCUUGCACCAGCAUGGCAGACAGUCGACAGCCAGAAGACACCGUGCCCCAGUGGGACCCAUCAGGGGGACAGGAACCUGGCAGCCCCCUUGGAGCGAACGGCUACCCAUCCUCAGUUUACAGAACCACAGCACCUUACAGCACGAGGGAGAAUGGCUUUAAUGGGGAACUAACUGGAGCUCAGGCCGUAACUGCAGAGCAAGUGUCUGCGAGGAUUGUUCAGGAAGUGACAGCAGAGGCGGUGGCAGUCCUGAAGGGAGAACAGGAGACUCAACGGCUGCCUUCAGUUGAAGAUACAACCAAUUUGCCUCCGUCCCCGCCCCCCUCACCUGCAGCUGAGCACUUUGGUCCUGCAGAAAAAGGGGAUAAGGAGGAGGCGGGGCCUCUCUGCCGCUUCCAAAAUUCUCGGGAGAGGUGCAAGUUCCUCGCCCCCUCCAUCUCUGUUUCCGUGCCCGAGGACGACCCCUACCACUCCGACGAGGAGUACUAUGAGCACCCAUUGUUCAGCCCAGAGUGGACGCACUCGGGCGCUCGCCCCACAGGGCACGCCGUGGCCUUUAGACAGAUUGAAGAAGAGACCAUGGAGGCUCUUACAGCUGAAUUCCAAGAGGAGGAAGAGGAGGAGGAGGAGGAAAGUGCAGAGGCAGCAGAGUCGGAGACAGCUCUUGAUGAGCAGCAGUGGAGUGGGGAGGAGCCCGAGCUGGACAGCCCCCAAGCUGAACUCUUAAAUCAGACAGACGACGUAGACGAGGCCCAGGAAGUAGACCUGGAGCCGGGUGAAGCAGCUAAUGCUGCUGCAGAAAGCUCUAUGAGCAGAGAGGAAGAGGAGGAGGAGGAGGAGGAAGUAGAGGGUGAUGAUUUCCCUGACACAGCUUUGAAGAUGGAAUCGGACAAGCAGGACAGCGGGUCCAUGAGCCCUGACAGCAUCGGGUCAGAGAAACGACCGGAAGAAUUUUACGAGCCCCAAAUGCAAGAGUUCUUUGCUGGUGAACGGGUCGUACCAGAGAGCCCCACCAUGGAUAUGCCAUCCUAUGUACAUUCAGAUGUACAAAAACAAGACAAGCACUUAGUCAAGUCAUUCACACUUCAGCCCACGUACGGGGAGCCAAUCACUGUGUCGGAAAAGCAGCCAUCGGUGGAGGUGGUGGAGUUCAGCAGUAUUGGCGCUCCAUCUGAAUUCUCUGCUGUAGGAGUCAAGGAUGAAGCAGGGGACUUGGAGAAAGAUGCCGGGGACAGAUCAGGCAUGUCAGCAUAUUUUGAAACGUCAGCCAUUGAGGUUGAAGAACCUCAGCACUGUAAAAGUGAAGGUUAUUUAGAACUGAGUAGAGCAGUUGAAAAGAGCACUGUGGAUAACUCUAGGUCUCAGGAGAGGAGCUACAGCAUGCUAGCUGAAGCCAAGGAUGAGCCUGAGUCUAAAAAAGGUGUAGCGGAUGUUACUGGACUGUUUGCAGCCCCUGAUAGGAGUGGUGAUUGCAGGCUUUCGCCCGGUAAACUCGCUUUAGACCAGAGGAGUUACUCACUUAACAUCACCAUAGGAGCACUGGACCAAAGCGGGCAGGGAAAAUCUCUCAACUUCUCCCCACUGGCGACAGACAUCAUGUCUUUAACUAGCGGGAGCCUAGAUGAGUCAGCCAACUACCUUCCAGUGUCAACACCAUCUGUUGAUAAACCUCAGCCAUUUCCACCCCUUAUCUUGGAGACUGCUGCUUCAGUCACCUCAGACUCCUCAUCUCCACCUCAGACCGCUGAACCGCCUCCAAAAACAAGCCCAGAACCAAAAUCUCCAGAAUCCCCUCAGCCCUGUACGAACUACAAAAAUGGCACGGCAAUGGCACAAGACUUGCCAGAGAUGCUUGACCUCGCUGGAACCCGCUCUAGACUGGCUUCUGAAAAUACAGACCCGGAAAUCAUCAAGCGAAAGUCAAGUCAAGCAGAUGUUCCUGCUUUUACUCAUGAUCCAAUGGCCAGCCUGGUGUCAGGAGAGCAGAGCCCUGGGGCAAGAAAAAGUGAGAGCCAGCUUGAAGAGAUGGGAUAUUGUGUGUUCAGUGAAUACUCGGGACCCAUGCCGUCUCCUGCAGAUGUGUUCAGCCCCACUGAGACAGCUGCAAAAGUCUUCACCCCCUCUGUCCUGGAGGAGAAAGUGGCUGAGCAGGCGAGGAAAUUAGCAGUUCGAGAUAUGUCUGUGGAAGAUCACGGGGAGCCAAUAGGAGAGGCUGAUGCCAGUGAGAGGAUUAACCAGAAUCAAGGUGAUUCAAAUAACGAAACAAAAGAUGAUGUGGUGAACAGUCAGCCAGUGAAGUCUGUGCCAGAAACCCCACCUGCUCAGCUAAGUGAGACUUUUGUGACUCCAACCGUAACAGUGACUCUAGAAGGAGGUGAGAGGUCAGGAAGUGAGUCUGAGCGUCAAGGCAGCGGUGAAGGGUCGGCCUCAGAGACAGAGAUUGCAGACUAUGAGAGGCAGAUCCGCAAACUAGAGAUGGAGGAUAGGCCUCUCAGUUUGGAGGAGGAAAGAGAGCUGCAGGAGCUCCGGGAGAAGGUUAAGCUGGUCCACCAAGAAGCUUAUGAGGAGGUGGACGCAGAAGACGCGUACCAGUCGACCGGCAUGGCCAAAGACCGAAUUGCAAGACCUGUGAAAACCUCCCCAACUUCGUCUGUGGAGAGCAACAUUGACGAUGACAAGCUGCUCUCCCCAGUGCUCUCACCAUCCAAAUUUAGGCAGAAGGAAGUGUAUGGAUCCCCGAAGAGAGUAGCUUCCCCCGUGUCAGCAGUACACAAAGAAGAGAAGGAUGAAACUGAGAGGAAAUCAAAGGAAGAAAAAGACACAGAAGCAACAGAGAGAAAGAAAGAGGAAGAUGAACUAAAGAGAAAGACUAAAGAGGAAGACCAUGAUCAAAAACUGCUGAAAGAAACGGAAAAGAAAGGAGAGCAAAAUGACCAGGAGAAUAUGCAAAAAUUAGAAAAAGAAAAAGAAGAGGGAGAACUAAAAGAAAAGGAGGAGAAUGAGAAGAGACAAAAGGAGGCGAUGGAGCUGAAAGAAAAAGAGGAAAAGGAAAAGAAAGAGAAAGAGGAAAAGGAGCUGAGAGAAAAGGAGGAAAAGGAAAAGAAAGAGAAAGAGGAAAAGGAGCUGAGAAAAGAAAAGGAGAAGGAAAAGGUGGAGCAAGCGGAAAGGGAAAAACUGGAACAGGAAAGAAUGGAGAAAGAAAAGACAGAAGAAGAAAAGGAAAAGUUAGAGAAAGAGCUGCAAGAAAAACUAGCUGAGAUGGAAAGAAAGAAAGUUGACCUUUCGGUGGACGUGGACUUGAGAGAGCAGGAGGAAAAUGCUGCCGUUAAUACUCUGCCAGGAGACGCAACUGGGAACCUGAAAGACGAGCACGUGUCCAAGAAAGCCAGCGCCAUCGAAUCCGUGGUGAUGGUUGAAGAUGAUUUCAUCACCGUCGUACAGACGAUCGACGAAUCGGAAACACCGGGGCACAGCGUCCGUUUCUCCGCUCCGCCUGAGGACAAAGCCUUUUGUGUUGCUGACCAGAAAGACGAAGAAGACGAAGAGGAGGAGUCUGUCGAGUUGGCCCAGGAAGCAGAUAUAGAGGAGACAAGUCAAGAGGAGGUGCAUGAUGUUCUCGAUGCUGCUCCCAUCUCCCAAGGAAGAGAGGGUAUGUCAAUCGAGCCAGAGGGGCUAACAGAAAGCUAUGACAGAGAUGAAACCACAGUGGAUGACUCCAUACUGGACAGCUCCUGGGUAGACACGCAAGACGAUGACAAGAGUAUGGCAACAGAGCAGAUCGAACCUUUGCCCAAAGUGCCUGCAGCAGCUGAAAAGGCCUCUGUGCUCCAGAUCAAACAAACACAACACCAGAAGAAACAGGAAAGGCCCAUUAAAGCCAAAGGAGGUCGAGCCAAAGGACGAGUCUUCACACCUGAAUGCAAACCUGUCCGGAAAGAACCAGUCAAUGUUCCCAGGGAGGAGGUCAAGAAGAAAAAAGCUAUACUACGAAAAACUGAGCUCACCAAAAAAGUGGAGACUCAGAGUCUUUCUCCAUCCAAGAGGAGUUCGAUAAAGCCAGCAGCUCGCCAGACGCGGCCCGCCCAGCACCACUCCUGUCCCAGAAGGAGGCACACAGAGACUCUACCAGACAGCCGCCGGCCUCUCAGCGUCGCCAGGCAAUCUCAUGACAGAGUAUCGGAUGGGGGAUCACGAAGCCCGGCUAAGAGAUCCUCGGUGCCACGCCAUGCCUCGAUUCUGGCUCGCAGAUUUGAGAUGGAGGAGAGUUCGACCUCCGUCACCAGUUCAGGCUCCACGGCUCCCCGUCGACCAACAUCAUUACGCACAGAGAUGAGAGCAGAGCACCGGAUAGGACGAGCCCCCACUAUGACAGUCACAGAAUCGAUGCGCUCCCGCUCGGCUCGCAGUGGUCACUCCACCCCACGCACUCCAGGCUCCACAGCCAUCACCCCUGGAACCCCUCCGAGUUACUCCUCAUCUUCCAGAGGGACCCCACGCUCCCUCAGUUUGAUUUGCCAGGAGAGGAAAGUAGCUAUUCUUCACACCCCACCUAAAUCCCCAGCAACUACACCCAAGCAGCUCCGCAUCAUCAACCAACCACUUCCGGACUUCAAGAAUAUCAAGUCCAAGGUUGGCUCCACAGAAAACAUCAAGUAUCAGCCCAAAGGAGGACAGGUGCAAAUUCAGAACAAGAAGAUUGACUUGAGUCAUGUGACCUCCAAGUGUGGCUCUCUAGACAAUAUACAUCAUCGACCAGGGGGCGGUAAUGUGCGCAUAGAGAGCGUGAAGUUGGAUUUCAAAGACAAAGCCCAGGCUAAGAUUGGAUCCCUGGAAAAUGCUCAUCAUGUUCCCGGAGGAGGUCGCAUCAUGAUUGAGAGCCACAAGUUGACAUUUCGGGACCACGCAAAAGCCCGGGUGGACCACGGGGCAGAGAUUGUCGUCCAGUCACCCGGCUUGUCCGGCUCAGUGUCCCCAAACCCCCUUCGGCAGAGCCACCUGUCAUCUUCCGGCAGUCUCAACAUAUUGGAGUCACCACAGUUAGCAACCUUGGCCGAUGACGUCACUGCAGCCCUGGCCAAGCAGGGCUUGUGAACACUGAUGUCUGGAUUCUGCAUUGCAACCCAACCACCCACACCCACACCCACCAAACUCUGAUCUCUUCUCCUGCUCUGACCAAGAAGGCUGCUCACCCCCCACUACAAGCUUAACUUUGGCCUCCACACGUCUUUAUUUUGUGAUCUGUCCUUCAACUCUAAGAGACUUUAGUUAAGAGCUGCUGUAUUUAGAUCUAUUUAUUGUAUUCAUUUUUAUUUAAAAACCGGCUUUUUACUGAUUCGAUGGGUGUAUCUCCUUUUUUGUUGUUCUCGCUGUUUUAGUUUGAAGUUGUAUAGAGGUCUAUGAGACGGAGCAGACCAAUCACCGGCCUUACUGAUUUUGGAUCAGUGUUUUAAAGAAGCUACAGCCUUUUUUUUCUACUCUAAACAUCAGAUCAUGUGACCUGAACGCCCUUUAUCCUCCUCAGUAAACAUGCAUGGACACCAGAUCACUUAAAAAAAACCAAGCAACCUGCUGCAAGUCAUUCUUGUCAUUCAGCAAAUAUUUAACACGUAAAUAUAUAAAUAUAUAUAAAUAUAUGUAGAAACAUGUAUAAACUACAAGUUAUUUGCCAUCUACUGGUCCUUGAGACGUUUUCAAAGGGAGUAAAAAGACUAAAAACAGUCUGAAACUGUAUUUGUGCAACAACUAGGUCAUGUUAUAAUGAGCAUGUAUGGAUUGGAAUAUCCAAAAGGCUAUUUUGUAUUAAGAAAAAAACUGGAUUUUAGUAAGUUAUUUCCUCAUUUAUUGGACAAAGGCCAACAGAGUUCAUGUUUUGUAGUUGAUAGUUUUACAGUGUAAUGCUUGGUGACAAAUGUCAGACAGCUACUGUUUGGGAAUGUAGUCGGUCCUGUCAAUCGUCGGUGGAUCUGCGCAGCGGUUCAAUGACGAUGCCAGGUUCUUAGCUCACGAAACACCCAUCCAGAGGAGAAAAGCUUUUAAGGUUUGAAUGUCUUCACGGUGCAGGACACAUCUCUGCCGGUUCGGGCUGACGUUGCACCAGUCAGGACUGACUGCUGUCUGAGCCGCAGGGAAAGAUGCUUCAGUGUGUUAUAUUUAGCGAGAGAUGUUGUGCGUCUGCUGGUGUGCGUGCCUUUGGGUGUAUGUGUGCGUUUGGUGCAGAUUCUGUUUUAAUGAAGGACAGUGCAGUAUCUGAAUGUGUUUGCUUCAAAGUGUGGAAUGACGCAAUUAGACAAAAAAAGAGAAAAAAAAGGAAAAAUCUUGAAACAUUGAAAAAAAACACUCAAAAAAUAAUUGACUGUAUGAACUCAGUCACUUUUUCCUGUUAUAUCUUUUAGGAUACAGUGUUUGGCUAAACUAGUUUCUUCUUUUAACAGUUUUGUGGUUAGUCUCGCCUUCUGCCCUUCUGCUGCCUAGUUGCCCCGCCCUCCCAAUAUGGAAGUGUUUGUUUGCUUGUGUGUUUUUCCUGCAUCUCUCAUCUCUGUGUGCACCUCUCCCCACUUCCUGCUCCACCCACGGCAACUGUAAAUGUAAUUAAAAGGUUGAGUAGUUGUAUGCAGUUUUUCUCUUGUUGAUAUGGCACCAAUUACAAUAAGUAAUGACAAUAAACUGACAGAAAUUGA